GGGACUCGUCUUCUUUUCAUCACAGACAGAACAAAGUACCUCAAUCCAGUAUUGAAGUUUUCUUACUUGGCUCCCUCCCACCUUUAGGAUACUCGUGCCACCACUUUCUCUCUUUCCACGAGUGGGCCGGCGCAUCCAAUCCACUGGAGGUCUCCGGAGCGGCGGGGGAGGGACGCCUGCUUGCGGGAUACCCUCUCACUCACUCGCUCGCUCCUCUCCCUCAUUUUCGCUUCGCUCCCACGAAGGCACACACACGAUACGAGAGAGCAGGAGAGAACCGCACUGAAAACGAGAGAGAGAGAGAGAGGGAGAGAGAGAGAGAGAGAGAGAGAGAAAGAGAGAGAGAGAGAGAGAGAAAAGGGGGACUACUGCCGUGGAACAGGAACUUUUUCUUCCGUGGAGCACAACAUCCAUCGGCUGGGUCUUUCAAAAGGAUGAGGCCGUGUCAAGCCUGGAGAAGCGAGCUGCUGCUGCUGCUGCUGCUGGUUCUACUGGGAGUUCUGGGGGCUACGGCGCAGAAGCUGCCCACGCGAGAUGAGGGACUUUUCCAGAUGCAGAUCCGAGACAAAUCCAUCUUCCACGACUCGUCUGUCAUUCCCGACGGAGCUGAGAUCAGCGGCUAUCUUUUCAGGGACACGCCCAAAAGGUACUACUUUGUGGUGGAGGAAGACAACACGCCGCUGUCGGUGACGGUGACACCAUGCGACGCGCCACUGGAGUGGACGCUGACGCUACAGGAGCUGCCUGAGGAGGCCAGCGGCGAGGCGUCAGGGGAGCCCGAGCCAUUGGACCAGCAGAAGCAGCAGGUGACGCUGGACGAAGGCACGGAGCUGUUCACCUACAAGGGCAACGACGUGGAAUCCUACGCGGCCGCCAGCACGCCGUCCGGCCUCUACCAGCUGCAGCUGCUGUCCACAGAAAAGGACAGCAACUUCAAGGUGUACGCCUCCACCACGCCGGAGUCCGACCAGCCCUACCCGGAACUGCCGUACGACCCCCGCGUGGACGUCACCUCGCUGGGUCGAACCACCGUCACCCUGGCCUGGAAGCCCACCCCCACGGGCUUCCUGAUGGGCCAGCCGGUGCAGUACUGCGUGGUCAUCAAUAAAGAGCACAACUUUAAGAGCAUGUGCGCCGCCGAAGCCAAGAUCGGCGCCGACGCCGCCUUCAUGCCGGCUCCCAAGCCCGGCAGGGACUUCAGCCCGUUCGACUUCGCCCACUUCGGCUUCGUCCCGCAUCCCGGCAAAGGCCCGAUGAGCAACAAGAUCUCGCGGGCGUACCCGCCGGCCAAGCCCAGAACGUCGGACAUUCACAAGUUGUGCAUCGGAAACAAGAACAUCUUCACCGUUUCCGAUCUGAAGCCCGAUACGCAGUACUACUUUGACGUGUUCGCCGUCAACUCGGCCAGCAACGCCAGCACGGCCUACGUGGGCACCUUCGCCCGCACCAAGGAAGAAGCCCGGCAGAAGACGGCGGAGCUCAAGGACGGCAGAGUGUCGGACGUUUUCAUCAAGAGAAAAGGCAGCAAGUUCCUCCGUUUUGCUCCCGUGUCGUCGCACCAGCGGGUGACCCUUUUCGUGCACACCUGCUUGGACGCCGUGCAGGUGCAGGUGAGGCGCGACGGCAAGCUGCUGCUCUCGCAAAACGCCGAGGGCGUGCGGCAGUUCCAACUGCGCGGCAAGCCCAAGGCCAAGUACCUGAUCCGCCUGCGCGGAAGCCGCAAGGGCGCCUCCACCCUCAAGGUGCUGGCCACCACCCGAGCGGGCAGCAAGCAGCCUUUCCCGUCCCUGCCCGAGGACACCCGCAUCAAAGCCUUCGACAAACUCCGCACCUGCUCCUCAGUCACCGUGGCCUGGCUGGGAACGCAAGAACGGAACAAAUACUGCGUCUACCGCAAGGAAGUGGCCGACGACUACGGCGAGGAGCAGAGGCGGCGCGAGCAGAACCGCUGCGCCGGGCCCGAGACGCGACGCAAGUCCGAGAAGGUCCUGUGCAAGUACUUCUACAGCCCCAACCUGCACAAGGCGGUCACCACCGAGACGGUGGCGGGCCUGGAGCCCGGAAAGACUUACCUGCUGGACGUCUACGUGGUGGCGCACAGCGGCCACUCGGUCAAGUACCAGAGCAAACUGGUGAAAACGAGGAAGUACUGCUAAAAGUGACUACGCACAGAGGAAGAAAUCUAUUAUAAAUAUAUCUAUGGAAUAAGUUUAUUUAACUCUUUUUGAAAGAUACACGGACUGACUACUCACUGUCGCUGGAGACAUCCAUCCGCCUGUAUAUUUAUGUUUACAUUCGACAUCGUGGGCAGGCUUUGGCUUUCAUCGGCGCUGCGUGACUCUUGACUAUCGGAAAUCCAAAAAACAAAAAACAAAAAAGUGACUGAUUGUUGUUGGGGUUUUUUUUUUUUUUUUCGUGGAACACACACACUCACAUACACACAAAAUUCAAGUUUUGAGGGCGGGGCUUCAAAUCUGGGCAUUUCUACGUGGAGUUCUCCCAGUGCUUGUGUGGGUUACAAUGUGUCCUUUUUUUUUUUUUUGACCCGGUUCCGUGCCAAAUCACCCCAAAAAAGUCAGAUUUUGAUUUGAAUGAAACCUGUCGUACUUGUUGAUCGUUACGGCACAACACAAAAUCCCAAAUUUUAGGUCAAUCACAUGUUCGCUAAAAUAAAUAAAAGUUUCAGAUGUGUGUUUUUUUUUUUUUUUGUUCAGCACAGUAAUGGGAGUCUGAGAGAGACAUUUCAUGCGAAACUGUCCCGAUGGAAAAGAAAAUUGUCAAGGUCACGCGGUUCACAAGGUCAAUUUCAAGGUCAAAUGAUGGGUCAAAAGGUCAACUAACUAAAAUAUGUGCCAAUCUUCUCAAUGGUCACAGAGUCGGAAUCCUUGUGGAAUUUCCUUCCUAACAAUAUCUGUUUUGUGAAAAUUGACCCCAUAGUUCCGGAGGUAUGACAAAGGGAAGGUGGCCACGCCCCCUUUUGGCCAAACUAAUUACAAAUUGGCUACAGGCCGUAGCUCCCAAACCUCUGCUUCCAUUGACCUAAAUUUUGAGAUUUAGUGUUGUGUCAUCACUACCAACAAGUACACCAAGUUUCAAUUCAAAUAUUUUAUUUUUAUUUUUUUUACACAACUAUCUGUACUUUGACUUCCACAGCGUGACUACUUUUGCCACCGCUGCAUGACACAAUCAGACCGGAACGCCAUCACGAUGCAUCAAACGAUCCACCCGCCGUAUUAUCUCAAAGCCAAAUGUGUGUAAAAUGUUAUUGUACAGUGUUGCCUCACUAUCUCACAGAUUUCUUUUUUUUUUUUAAGCAAUCAUUUUCGUUGUAAUGCCUUUGCAUGCCGGAAAGGACAGCCACAGUCGGCGACGCACUUUUUUUUUCAGCCAUCUAAGAAAUGGCGGCUGAACAGUAAAACACAUAAACGUUGCUGCUGUCGGCCACAGCUCACGCAGAGACGCUCAGUUGGAGACUCGGCAACGUUACAAUAUGUACAGUAUUUUCUGUACAUUUUUAUGCUGGCAAUUUUGUUGUUGUUGUUGUUGUGUUCAAAUUUGUACGAUGUGUUUCAAAAGUGCGUUUUAAUAAGUUCAAAUGUGUUCAAAGCAUGUGUGACGGGUCAAACUAUAACAAAGCUUUUAUACCGUCUCUCUAUACUGCCGAUUUUCACCUGUUGUGAACGUGUCCCGUUUGUUAUUUAGUGCUAGAUUAAAAAAAAAAAAAAAACAAAUAAGAACAUAAUCAGUCACUUUUUUUUCAUUUUUGGCAGAUUUUUCGCUGGCCAAGUGAAAAUCGAAAGAAUAAUACACGGAUCCAGGAUGCUAUCUUGUACAGACGGACUUUUCGCUCCACCAAGUUGUACCGAGACUUUUAAAUUAUUUUCUAUUUUUUCUCUGUGUGGUUUUUUUUCUUUCUUUCUUGAUGACGUGUUCCCAUGACAUUCCCUUGUGUAAUCGCUCUCUGUAACUGUGUCCCGUGCUUGGCAAAUGUUGCGCUAUUAUCACUGUAUCAAUGUGCGAGUGCGUGUGUGUGCGUGCGUGUGUGAGUGAGUGAGUGUGUGUCACGUGUACAAAGUUGUCCUGCCAAAUAUUCAUGUACAUAAACACUAAAUAUAGAAGACGUAAUCCCUGUGUCA